UGUCUUCUUUCUUUUUUUUUCCUUCUUUUUUUUUUCUUUGUUGUUCGUCUUCUUCUUUUUAACAAGGGUUUCAUGGUCCUCUUCCUCGAGUUUUUUGUCUCGUCUCGUGUUCUGAUAUAUCGCAAUUACCUCGAUGGUAUGUCCGCGAAAAUGAGUCGGGUAGCAGUGCCAGUGCCAGUCCUCAUGGAAAAACCCACGGGGCGUGAGGAUUUUCUUUUUUUUUUUUUUUUUUUUUUCUUCUCUUUUUUCUUUUUAUUUUGCUUUUUAAAUUGCUUGUCAUUGCUUGUCCCUUUUUUUCCUUGCCGAGGCCGAGAUGGGCGUAUGGAUUGCUUUUUUUUUUGUUUUGUUUUCAGGUUCAUAUUUUUACUCAGCGCUAAACACACCAUACUCAAUACUGAAUACUCGACGCUCAUUACGCGACACUCAAUACUCAGCAUUAAACACUCGAUACUCAAUACUCAAUACUCAAUACUCAAUACUCAGUGCUCAGUACUCAGUGCUCAAUAGUCCGCAACACAUGUCGCGCUUUGGAACUAGUCUAAUACAUGUUUCUUGAAUCUUCUUGAGUCCCCUCCUGACUGUCCUGUGAUUUUUUUUUUUU